AUGUCUCUAACCACCAAUCGCCAGCAAGAGCUCAUAGAGGAGUCCAUAUCAAGUGCUCUUCGGUACAAUGACAAGGUUUCCCAGCAGUAUCUUCGAUUGAGGCACGAUAUACUUGAAUUAAGCAGAAAUAGUCGAAACGAAGAAUCGCCCAAAAAUGAUCUUUGCCGAGUUAAAGUUGAACAAUAUCGGUUUGAACUUGAAAAAGUGUACGAAUUGUACCGUAUUCAUGUCAAAAGCAUGCAGAGAAUCAUAUUUAUUCACAAUAAUACCCGAAGUCUGAAUCUUGAGCUGCUUCCUGGACAACUUGAGAUCAUGACGGAACAACAAAACGAACUAAAAGAACAACUUCGAAGACUCCAGGAUGUCCAGCGGCCCAUGUUGGAGAAGAUGAAAGCACUUUCGAAGAGUUUUGAUGCGAGAUUACGGCCAAGAGGAGCCAAAAUGUUGACACAAAAGAUAAGGAAAGAUGACGAUGGAACGAGCGAUCCAACGAGUAUCGACCUAGAUUCCAGCAAUUUUGUCUUUGAAGAGGCUGAAAUACAGAAUAUUUUCAAGGAGAAGCUCUUUAAUGCUGAGAUUGACUGGCAACAUAGUGUGGAGGAGCACCUAAAAGGACGGCUGUGUCGCAAGCUAGAACACAAAUAUGUGUAUGAUGUUAGUCGAGGAACCGGUUACGCAGCACCAGCUUCUACCACUGUCGAGGAAUACGACAGGAUUAUCAGUGGCUUGGUCGAAGAAAUCGGGUCACUUUUGGAACAUGGACAAGCUGCCAAAGAGAGGUGGCUUGCCAAUGCCGCAGCCGUUGACCAGUUGAGGAAAAUAAGAGAAAAUGAGGAUAGAUGA